AUGGCAUCUGACCUUAUUCCGACGAUCACAAUAAGCAGCCCGGAGAGCAGCCCCUUUAACGAUGAAACUGACUGGGAGGCACAAUGGCAAACCGAGAACAAACACAUGUAUCAACCCGGAGGAUUUCAUCCAGUCAUCAUCGGCGAUAUUCUCAACGACCGCUACGUGAUCGAAAAUAAGCUCGGCCACGGUGGUUUUUCGACGGUUUGGGUUGCUGUCGAUACACUUCACCAGGAUAGACUCAUCGCUCUAAAGAUUUCCUAUGAUGUCUCGCAGCAAGGUCAACAUACUACCACCGAAACCCCAAUGGAUCGAGAGGCUGAGUUUCUUCGCCGCUUGGGCUCCAGCCAUCAACAUCCACAGCGGUCUAGUGAAGUGUUGUACUUCCCGCUCCUGUUCGACGCGUUCACCAUCCAUGGCCCAAACGGGGUCCACCGCUGCAUAUGGCAGCGGCUCUCAGUACCCACGGCGAAAAACGUGGUCGUUAGCAUAGCGCGCGCGGUAGCGGAGCUGCACAGGCAUAGUAUCGUUCAUGCGGAUCUGCACCCAGGCAACAUCCUCAUGGUCGUACCGGGCAUGGAAUCCUGGACGGUCACCGAGUUUCGUCGCCAUAUGGGCAUGCCGAUGAAGCGGUUCAUGAGCGACGAGAGCCCUUGGUUUAAGUGGCUGCCGUCUCCGAGCCCACACGUGCCGGAAUACCUCGUAGUGGACGCACCUCUCCCUUUUCUGGGGGCGCUCUGCCGCAACUCUGGCGCUAUCAAAAUAACGGACUUCGGCAUGGCGUUCGACUUCCGCAAGGACGGGACAGAAUUAGGCGAGCUAGAGAGAAGAAGGACUACAGUCUGCCGUGCUGGCGAAUUGAGAACGGAUACCUUACAGGGCCGGGAAUGGACUGGGACACUAGGACACUGCUAG